AUGAGCAAAGGCUGGAAAAUCAGUGACGUGAUGGAGGAAACAAAAAUGCCGGAGAUGGUGGUGGAGUGUCUGGUGGAUAAAGACGAUCGGAAAGUGUCGGAUGAGUGGCUUUCGGGGUCUUGGCCGUUGAAACCGUUCGACGAAGCAGUACGCACGAACAAGCGUAAGGCGGAAUGGAUCAGGUUCCGGAACCAAUUUGAGAGGAUUGUGGAAUGCAAAACGCCAGUGGAUCCAAAAACCCGCGUAGCUGGGUUGAAGAUAUUUGCGGGCAGCUACCUAUUGAGCAUUAUCGAAAUGCAGCAGAAUAGUUUGGCGAUGACUACGGACAUCUACAGCGAUACGCUACAGGAGAUUCGUACGAAUCCCUCGCGUAUCUGUUUAGACCAGUUUUUUAACUAUAAGAAAACGUUUAGCAUUGUGCUGCUUGGAAUAGUGGACGCUAAUUACAAUUUCAUUUUUGCUGACGUUGGGUGCCAGGGGCGAAUUAGUGACGGCGGGGUUUUUACAAACAGUCCUAUUUACGCUAGACUAGAACGCCGGGAGCUAAAUAUUCCAGCCCCCGAAAUUCUUCAACCUCCAUACAAGAUGGAGGUGCCAUAUUACUUACUGGGAGACCAAGCCUUUGCAAUGAAAGAAUAUUGUCUUCGGCCAUAUGGAGGGAUGCACGCCGCAGACUCCAUAGAACGUAAUUUCAAUUAUAGGCAUUCGCGAGCGCGUCGUGUAGUCGAAAAUGCAUUUGGUAUUGCCGUGAAGGUUUGGCGUGUUUUAUCGAAGCCAAUUGAACUUGAACCCCACGUGGCGGAAAAGGUGGUAAUGGCAACGAUUCAUUUGCAUAACUUCCGACGACGGCAUCUAUUGUAUAAUUAUACAUCAGCUAUCCAUCUGCCCUCGACUAGAAGUACAGAAUCUAGUUCUGCUGCUCCAAACGAAAAUAGCGAUGAGGAACUACCUUCUUCGAUGUUGUCGCUGCCGGCUAUUCCUCUAAGGCCUACAAGAGCUUUGCAAAAUAUGCGAUCGCACUUAGCGCAACAUUUUAAGGCCAAUGAUCCGUUACCAUUUUCCCUUCCGCAUCCUCAAAGACAAUAA